UGGUCGAAGAGACCCGCGAGCUGAGCUGUGAGGCGGCGGCGGCGGCCGAGGAUGGAUCCGCCUGAGGCGUGGGACCCCUAUAGCCGACCGGCCCGCCGAACCCAGUGGCUGGUGAGCGCCUUGGCUUACCACUACGGGCUGGACCGUGGGGUGGAGAACGAGAUCAUCGUGCUGGCCACCGGCCUGGAUCAGUACUUGCAAGAGAUCUUCCACCACUUGGACUGCGAAGGGGAAGGCAAGGUCCCCGGCGAGGAUUUCCAGACCCUCUGCCUAGUGCUGGGGCUGCAGGACGACGACGAGGCGGCCGCCGACCCGGAGGAAUGCGCCGGCCUCUGCGAGAACCUCUCGCCCGAGCUGACUUUCCGGCAGUUCCAUGCCAAGCUGUGCGGUUACUUCAGCACCAAGGCCGGUUGCAAGCCUCCGGGCCAGGGCGUCCCGGGGGUAAGCAGGCUGCCUCUGGGCAAGGAAAGCGAGCACAUCGAGACGCAGAUCCGGCUCCGCAGCCCGCUGCGCCGCCGGCGGGAGCAGGCUGAGGCAGGACGCCGGGCGGCGGGCGGGGGCUGCACGCGGAGCAGCAGCGCCCGGACGUGCUCCUCUUCGCCGCCCGAAUCGUGCUCCCGGGAGUGCUACGAAGAGAUCGUGGCGCUGGAGCAGGCGGAGGAUCGCAUCGUCAAGCUCGAGGACGAGAACGCCAGCCUGCGCGAGCUAGUGGAGGACAUGAGGGCGGCUUUGCAGAGCAGCGACGCCAGGUGCUUGGCGCUCCAGGUGGGAUUGUGGAAGAGCCAUGCACAUCAUAAGAAAAAUGGGACUUGCUUUAUAGGCAACCAGAGACAACAGGUUAACAAUAGAUUCCAGAAUUCCAAGUGCCUUCAGAGUGUUCUAAAGGAGGUUGAAUUAAUCCGGAGUUCUAGGGAUGGACAAAUUGAAGAAGCAAUUAGGUUUAACCAAGAACUGGAAAAGGAACUAAGGAAUUCUCAUGAAGCCCUCAUAGCCCUGGAAGAUUGUAACCACAGCUUAAAGAGAGAGCAGGCAGAAAUGAGGAAGAAAGUUGAAGAAGCAAGAUGUGUUAUCCUUAACAGCCUUGGAAAAGUAAAGGAGCUAGAAACUAAAGCUCAUAAAGUAUCCCAACUCCAGAUCUAUAUCCAGCAGCUAGAAUCAGAGCUACAGUAUUAUAGAUCAGAGGUCUUAAAGUGUCCAGUUCCCUCACAAGACAACUCAGAACAGAAGACAAAUGUAGCUGUGGAAGGACAAGAUAUCUUAUCACUUAUACAGCAAGAUAGAAGUUCACCCACUGGUGGUGCAGGAAUAUUGGAAAAUGUGGAAGAUCAGAUGUUUCGUUCUGUGGAAGGCCAGGCUGCAUCAGAUGAAGAAGAAGAGAAAUGGACAGGAGACCAGCAAUCCCAAAUGGCUGAAGUGAAGAAACUCCUAACUAGAUUUCCUUGUUGCAAUAGUGGAUGUGAUGACACACCCACGAAGCAGCUGAGGUCCUUUGGAAAUGCCAGUAGCAGUGGCCAUGAAAACUCCCUCGUGGAAUUAGUCCAGCGACUCUCAAAGUUAAAAGAGGACUUUGAGAUGAAAGGGCAGGAAGAAAAGGCCCUGGAAACAAAUAUGGAAGAGAUGAAAGGCCCAUUGCUAGGGGAACUACAGCAGAAGGUGGAGGAGUCUGAAUUGAUGAAGAUGGAAUUCCAGAUGUUGGAGACAGAGAGAGUAAGGCUGUCACUGGUGGAAGAAAAGCUCUUGGAUGUUUUACAGCUGCUUCAGCAACUCCGGGACCUGAACAUUUCUAAGCGCACCUUGGGGAAAAUCUUACUGAACACUUUGGAAUCCUGCUGUGACUCCCAACAUGGAAAACCACCUAUUGUUGAAGUCUUAGAUGCUCUCUACCAUGAGCUGGCUGCCUGCAAACUCACUGGAAGCAAGUCCCUUGAGAAAAUACCAGGACACCAGUCUUUGUCAAGCUCUUUGGUCAUCUCCUGUUGAUCAACAUUGCCCUCUAUUAUGUGUUGUGAUUAUCACUAUGGGCUCAAAAGUUACAGUGCGAAAACAUGGAGUGUUCUGCCAUCUAUGAAAUGGUCCAGUGCAAAAGAUGGAAUGGUAAAAUAAAUGGUAUAAAUAUAAAGAAAUAGGCAAAUGAAACAGAAAGUCCAGGUUUAUCAGUAAGGACUGACAAUGGGCCUUGAACAGAUUUUGAGGGAUGGGUCUCUCAACCUUUCUCGUGGGUCUUUAUACAAUUGAAUACGUUUGGAGUUUAAAUUUGAGAACCUAUACAUCUACAACAUAUAUCUGGAACCUGAAGUUAUGGACAAUAUUUCCGAAGUCCCAAAAAUUCUCAUUUAAUGUGUAAGUAAAUUUUAUCCAGCUGAUUGCUCAGUUCUUAUCACAUUAUUUAAGUGGCACCUGAAUUCUCCAUCUUACCAGUAUCAUUAAUACACUACAGGGAGUCCUCGCUUAAUGACCCUAAUUGGGACAGGCAACUCUGUCGCUAAGCAAAGCAAUCAUUAAGUGAAACAUCACAUUACCGCCGCACCUACUGAUGGCAGUUCUGGCGGUCCUGGUUGUGGUCAUUAAGUGAAUCACCCACAGUCAUUAAGUGAGAUAUCAUGUGACUGCAACUUGUGACCUGCCAGCUUCCCCAUUGACUUUGCUUGUCAGAAGCUGGCUGGGAAGGUUGCAAAUGGUGAUCAUUAUGACUGGGAUGCUGCGACAGACGUAAGUGCAAGGACCAGUCAUAAGUCACUUUUUCAGUGCUGUCAAAACCUCGAACAGUUGCUAAAUGAAUUGUUGUAAAGUGAGGACUACCUGUAAUCUAUCAUAUGCAAAAUAAUACAGUGCUAUUAUUACCCAGUAGAACUUUACUUUUCUGAAUAUAGUAGAGAAGAAGAAUUGCAUUUUAAAAAUUAUUUCACUACAGUUGUCUUUCCUUGGGCAUUUCCUUAUUGGGCAAUGCUAUGAAUGAAGAAAAUAAAAAGGUACCAAGAGAGAUUAUACUUUAAAUGAGGAAUAAAGCUGACUUGAAGUCUGCAGGAACUACUUUAGGGAUACCAGAUGUGGGCUACAAAGAUUUAGACAAUGGCACCAAAAAGAUACCAUAUCUACAGUAAUUGUAGCACUACUUUGUUUUUUAUUGGAAUCCUAAGAACCUUCCACUGGAGUUAAGUGCAAAAUGGGAGCAGAAAAACAAGGAACAGAGUGCUUCUGCAGGGAGGGAGGUAAAAGAAGCAGAUAGUAAUUUUUUUUUUCACACAAAAAUCUACUCUUCAUUUUAUUUUACAUUUGGAUGACAGCCACCUUAGUUACUGUAUUAAGGGAGAAAUCCUGUUCAUCUACCACAAACCACUCACAUCCAUUCCCACUAGUACCUCUUGAUCUACCUUCUGUACAUCCUUGCCUUGCGGCAAUCUAUAAAAUAGUUAUAGAUAGUUAUCACUGCAUGUACUUGGAGGAACUAUGCAUGUUAAAAUAAUAUGUCCGGAUGAUGUAUGUAUGGCUACUUGUAAACAUACAGCUUAUUUGAUUCUAGAAUUAUGUCUACAUUUUUUCAACUGGAAAUUUACAAAUGUAGUAUGUAGUACGCAAGAGCUUUUAACUACAAUCUUCAACCAUAGUAAAAUUUAGCUGGCUAUAUUAAAAGCCACCUUGAUUCUUUUAUAGUAUCCCAGUGCAGCAAAGAAUUUAGGGUAUUAUAAGCCAGACAGAAUCACAGUAAGAAACGUCAGCAGUCUCUGAUUAUAACUUUGAAGGUAUAUACAGUAAUUGGAUUCUUUCAAUGGUAUUCCUUCCCAUUGCCUACCUUUGUUGUAGUAGCCUGGUCUAUGUCCUGGCCUAACUUUUCAGUCAGCUCUGAGCAGACACUAGCUCUAUUCAGUCAUUCUUCAUUGUGGAGUUUCAUUGGCUUUUCAAGGAUUCAAGAUCCUUGUAAAGCCUGAUACUAAAUCAUGUGAGAUCGCAGGAGGAGAGCUGUGACAGUCUAUGGUAGCCAAAUCAUCAGAAGUCUCGUAGCAAUUUUGCAGACUAAAAAAUGUUAUUAAAGGCACAAACUUUAUUUAUGAACUGGCAGUUGGUGGCAUAUAUCACAUGAGAGGAAGAAUAUGGGAAGGAGCCUCAAACCUUGUGUGUAAAGUUGUUGGGACUGGUGAUGGUGGUGCUGUUAGUGUAAAUGUGGGGUCAAGGUAGACAGCUGAGUUUGUUACCUGCAACACCCCUGUAUGGAUGUGAUGUAUGCCAUCAUCUUGCAAUGCUUCUCUGGAUUCUACAUAGGGCAAACAGGCCAGCUUUACUCAGAAGAAUUAAUGGAUACAAGUUUGACAUCAAAACUCAGAACAAGGACAAAGUAAUAGCAGAGCAUUUUAACCAUCCACAACAGUCCAUUAUAGAUUUCAGAGUAGCUGUUUUGGAACAGAGAAACAUUACCAGCACAACUGAGUAAGACACUGUUGAACGUGCACAUAUCAAAAGGUUUCAAACUGUCUCAGAAGGUCUUAACAAGCAGUGGGUUUUUAAUACAUUACAACUGUUAAUUAUGAGGUACUUGUAUUCUCACAUGUAACCCGUAUAUUCUAUUCAUAACUACUCUGUCUUCCCCCCAUCCCAGUUUAGAUCCUGUAGCAGUUGAGCUACUCCAUGUACUUGAUGGAAUGAGCUGCAGUUUACAAACACGCCUUUUAAUAAGAUGUGCUAGUCUGAAAAGGUACUAUUUGCUGCCUCCUUUUUUUUAGUUCAUGAGAAAUCUACGUAAAUGAAAGCAUCAGAUUUCCUGCUGCAGAAGUUCAGGUGAUUGUUGGCAAUCAGUUGUAGGAGUGAGGCCAAUAAACCCUCGCUUCCCUGUCCCAUUACAUCAUUAGAAUUUGUGAAAAUGGCUCAUCGCCAAAAUACAUGGCAAAUGACUCAGUUCACCAUUCAUAGCUGGAUGCUUGACUAUCUCAAUCUGAAAUUAUUGAUCUGAUUUGGAGAUCAUGCUGCCCCAUGGUUUAACCAUGAUACCAAAUUGGUUGAGUUUGAUCAGUGUGCUAUGCUGUAGACAACUUUCCGUACGAAGUGGCUGAAUCACACAACCUGCAAAUCCCAUCCCAAGCCAAACUUUACAAUUUAGCACAUCUUGACUUUUGACUCCUGCAGGUGCCCCUGGCAAUCACUGAAUAACAAUAUGAACUUACAAGACAUGCGCUAGAUAAGUAUUUUUCUUCUCCCCAUUCUCUUUAUUUUCUUUCUGUAUAUAUUAACCAUCUUCCUUCAUGACAUGUUUCUGAGAAUUCCAUUGUAUUCCACAAUUUUGUAAGCUUUCAGAUGGACUAAUAAAGAUAUUCCCUCAA